AAUUUUUUGUGUUGAUGCAUGUUUUGCAGGGAAUUUUCAAGGUUCCUUUUGUUUGCUGCUGCAGCAUGGCUUGCUAGCUGCAUUUGUGUGCAUGGGCAUCAAUCGAAUUAUAUUUGUGCGAUGCCCUUCUACACGCGUGGUGCCAACCAAACAACCUAUCGUGAUUUCAUUGACAAUCUUCGACAUGAGAUGGGAAGCCAAUCAACCAUCUACGGCAUUCCCCAGCUCCAAGAUGCGGCCAGUUUGGCAAAUGAAGAUCGAUACGUUGAGGUGACACUCUAUAGUUCAACUGGGACAAGCAUCACUUUGGCCAUAGACAAAGUUAAUGUUUAUGUAAUAGGCUAUCGGAAUGGGUAUGAUGCUUAUUUCUUUCCUGGUCAAGAUGGUCCAGAAACAUCUAAUGUGUUUGCAGGUGCUACGCGUUGCUUGCUUCCUUUUAAUUCCUCCUACUCGGCUCUGGAGAAAAGCGCGGGCACUACAAGAGGAAGUACUAAAUUAGGUAUCGGGGAAUUAGAUAAAGCCAUACAGGCUCUCUAUGAUAAGAAAGAAGACUCUGCUUUGGCUUGUUCCAUGCUCAUUGUCAUUCAGAUGAUCUCAGAUGCUGUACGAUCCAGGUACGUAGAGAAGCUUGUGCUGCAACACAUUUCAAAUGAUAAUAGUUCUUCCGUGUUCUUUCCGACUGCUGCCAUGAUCGCCUUUCAGGACGAAUGGAAAAACAUCUCUAGUAAAAUCACGUAUUCAGUUGGUGGCAUAAUCUAUCCUCCAUUUAUAUUACCCACUGAUUCUAAUCAAAAUGUGUCUGUCACCUCAGUCUUCAUAACCUUCCGUUUAAACAUUGGGGUCAUUCUUUUCUACUGUCAUCCAGCUACAGCUAUUCCAGAACCUUCCUCGGUUACUUGUCAAAACAUUCCAGAACCUACUGUCCUGAUCAGCGGCCGCAAUGGCUACUGUGCUGAUGUAGAAUCAAACUUUUUCAAUGACGGAGACUCAAUAAUAUUGUAUACAUGUAAGUCCGUUGACAAUGCAGCCAAUCAACUUUGGACAAUUAAGGGAGAUGGGAGCAUUCGAUGUGGUGGAAAGUGCUUGAAGGGUCUUACAGCUGGACAUAACGUGACCAUCUACAACUGUUCAACAGUAACUGAGCCUGAUUCCAUCAAGUGGAACAUAUAUGAUAAUGGCAACAUAGAAAAUCCCAAGUCCGGAUUAGCUGUCAGCGCUUCCAAGGGUAACAUGUUCUCUGCUUUGACGGUAGAAAAUAAUACAUAUGCAUCAAGCCAGGGUUGGCGCCUCAGCAAUAGCACUAAACCUGUAGUGACCACUAUUAUUGGCUACGAAAGUAUGUGUAUGCAAGCAUGUGGCGGUAAUACUGUGGAAAUGCUCGAGUGCAGUAACACGACUGCACAGAAAUGGGAACUUUAUCCAGAUGGUACUGUUCGACCUCACACUGCAACCUCCAGCUGUCUCACCACAAAGUCCUCCCAAGAUGUGAAAACUGUGGUUCUUGAUUCGUGCAAUGGAGGUGAUGCUGAACGAUGGUUAUUCAAUUACGAUUACAGCAUUUCUGACGCAGCUAAAAAAUAUGUUCUGGAAGUUAAUACACAUAAGAACAUAGUACUUGUUGAAUGCCCUGCAGAUACGCCUACAGAUGAGCAGACGUGGUCUAUAGAUACUCUCUUGUGAAUUGUAGAGCUAUCUGGAUAAAGAACCAAGACCACUGUCAUGAAUUAAGCUAUUUACUUGCAGAUAGUAAAUAGUAAACAAGUGAUGCUAUAUCACAUGUAAAAUCAAUAAGGUCAUGGAAUAAAUGAAGUUUAUCUUGCUCUA